UUUUCAUCAGUUCAACUUGAACAGUUUGUUUAACUAUUUCGCAAUGCAGAUCGGUUUAUUACUAUCCCUAUUCCUGGCUGUGCUUUGCAUAUGUCAUGGCGAAGACGUAAUUGAAAAAUGUCAAGAAGAACAUAACGUAACUGAUGCUGAACUGGAUUCCUUUCCAAAAGAUACACCCGUCGAAAGUUAUCCACUCAAGAUUAAGUGUUAUGCCAAGUGCACCAUAGCUCAUCUCUUAGGAGAUGAUGGCAAACUUGUCCCGGAACGUGUUUAUGAAGAGAAUAAAGGUUUGGAGUGCAAGGAACGUUAUGACAACUACGUUAUCAAUAAUGAGGAGGAGUCAUGCGAUUAUGCUAUUAAAAUUCUGGAGUGCUUGCAUAAAUUAAAUACUAGAAUCGAUUAGUGGAAACUCUAUACAUAUUUUUGCUUUCAAUAAUUUUUCUAGCAAUUUAAUUGAAAUAAAGCGCUUUAUGUGAUUAAAUUGUCA